CAUUUUUUUCUAGCUGAAGAAAGAUGAUGGAAGAGAGUGGAAUAGAGACAACCCCACCUGGCACCCCCCCACCAAGCACAGCAGGGGCUCCUGCCGCUGCCACUGCCACACCUGUGUCACCAGGUGUGUCCAGUCCCCUUGCUACACUAAGCAUGUCGGCUUCUCCCACAUAUUCGCCACCUUUGCCAGCUGGAGUGUCUCCACUUCCUUCUAUGAUGACUUCAGCUUCUCUUCCAGUUGUGCCUUCUGCAACAGUUUCUACUAUUGCAGCACCUCUAGCUCCUGCCCCGCCUCCUGUUCCCCCUUCAGCUUUUAGUACCUCCAUGUCCCAGUUCUCUACACCUCCUCCAUUAAGCUCUGUUACUGCCCCUAGUCUUCCAGCACCUCCCACUGGUCCCCCCAUUUCAGGAUUUUCCGUGUCUUCAACCUAUGACAUUACCAGAGGCCAUGCUGGUCGAGCACCACAAAGCCCACUGAUGCCAUCAUUUUCUGCACCUCCAGUCACAGGUGUUUUGACAGAUCCGAUUACUCAACAAGCAACUUUCUCAUCACCUUUGGCUCCUGGAACUGGUUCUGCAAUCACUUUUCCUGAGGAGUGUGAAGACCCCAGAGUAUCUCCUGCCCAAGGUGGAGCACCUGCUGGAGGACUGUGGGGGUUUAUAAAGGGUGUAGCUGAGAAUCCCAUGGUGAAGUCUGUUCUUGAUAAAACCAAACAUUCAGUGGAAACCAUGAUCACAACACUGGAUCCUGGCAUGGUUCCAUAUAUCAAAACUGGGGGAGAACUGGACAUAGUGGUUACUUCUAAUAAGGAGGUAAAAGUUGCGGCAGUUCGAGAUGCCUUUCAAGAAGUUUUUGGAAUGGCUGUUGUUACUGGAGAGGCUGCACAGUCUAACAUCGCACCCCAACCUAUAGGCUAUGCUGCAGGUUUGAAGGGAGCCCAAGAAAGGAUAGACAGCUUGCGUCGGACAGGAGUCAUACAUGAGAAGCAGCCUGCUGUGUCAGUGGAAAGCUUCAUUGAGGAGUUGCUUCCUGACAAGUGA